UGGUGUUUAACCAAAGGCGCGAUUGGAGGAACCUGCGCGUCUGGUUUGAUAUUUAUACUGGAGAGGAAGGAGGUUCAGGGCUUCACCUCCUUCUCCUCAUCCCUCCCUUCCUCCACCUCCAAUCCAACCCACUGGAAGAUCACUCCAUCCUACUCGGUCAAGGACGCGCCCCCAACACACACUUAGCAGAGAGAGAGAGGGAGGGGGAUGCAGGUAUUAACUGGAGGUGGGGAAGGAGGCGCAGUGACUGCUGGCCGCUGGGACUCCAAAGGGACAGGAGAGGAUGUGUGGUGGUGCCGAUAGCUUCCUUCUUCCUCUGAGAAGUCGCCUGAUAUUCCAAGCGGAGGUUCAGCCUGUCCAUCCACAUCCAUCCUACUACUACUACUAGCACCAGUUUUUCGCCUCUCCUUCCCAGUGGGCAGAAAAAGGGGGAUUUUUACGCGCCGGAGUGGGGGAGAACAACAACAUGUCAAAUAGAUCGUGGUGCGUCUCUUUUGUGCGCCGUGCGUUGCCGCCUUUGUGAGAGUGAUGCCUGGUCUGCAGCCAGCACAGAUGACUUGAAGCACACAGCACUUGUUCCACAAAGAGAAGAUUCAUUGAUAACCAUGGCUGACCAGUACAGUAUGUUUCUCACCACGGCGCCCCCCCUGCGGCGAGGGAGCACGCCCCUGCCUGUCAAGCACCAGCUGCGACGGGAAGAGGCCGUAUCCGAGGACUGUGAUUGGAUCCCGGGCCUGGAGGAACCUACCACGUUGCCUAUCAGUGACACAGCGGUGCCUGGAGAUGAGUCCUUCAGCCAGUCGGCGGUUGCCCAGCCAGCUUACCAAAGCCAUGGUGGGGCGCUGAGGAUAGUGCUGCUGGGACAGAAUGGCGUGGGCAAGUCAUCAUUGGCCUUAUCUCUGGCCGGGCAGUCGGACAGAUCCCUCUCUAUAGACUCGGAGACGCAAGCAUGUGGUGAGGGCUACGAGUGCACAGUGACGGUGGAUGACGAGGACAGCAAAGUCAUCAUUUUCGACAACUGGAAACAGGACCUGUCCACUCUGCAGUGCGAUGUGUGCAUCCUGGUCUUCUCAGUGACUGACAGGCGAAGUUUCCACCGCACCGCCCAGCUCCGCCUCCUUCUCAGGGAGUCCCAGCCACAAACACCAAUCAUCCUGGUGGGCAACAAGAGUGACCUUGUGCGUUCCCGUGAAAUCAGCUCAGAGGAGGCCCAGUCCAGCGCCAUGAUGUUCGACUGCAUCUACCUGGAGCUCUCAGCCUCCUUAGACCACGGCACCAACGAGCUGCUGGAGGCGGCAGUUCGGACUGCAAGGGGAGACUGUGUGGGCCCCGGGUGGACGGACGGAGACCCCGGAUCGGGCCGCAGGGAGAGCCUGACGAGUCGGGCCAAGCGCUUCCUGGCUGGGCUGGUACCGAGGUCGUACGGCCGAGACAGGGAGCGGGAUCGGGGUCGCUACAGGGAGAUGAGCCGCCACCGGGGCAGCAAGAUCCUCCGGCAGAAGUCCCGCUCCUGUCACGACCUGAGUGCACUGUGACCCACCUGCACUUACCUACCACACGAGGCAAAGAAACACACUCCAUAUUAACACAAACACACCAGAUUGAAAGAUAUGGGGGCGGGAAGGGCGGGGGGAGGUGCAGAGAAGUGGAAUUGAUGGAACACGAUGGAGGAGACUCAUUCCGGCUGGGAAAAUUAGAGGGAUGGAAGUGGAGAGAAGCAGCUGUGGCAGAAAAAGGUCACGGCAAGAGGAAAAGAUGAAUAGAUAGACCAGACAUCAGCCUGAAUCAUGGCAUUGAAUCUGCCAGAGAAACCAAUUUUCAGUGAGUGAGGGAGAAAAAAAGCAGAGUAACGGAGGAGGAGGCAGGCUUGAUUUGCCGCUCCGGCUUGGGUGAAUCAGCGAGCAGUCAUUACCUGAUGAGAGCAGGAGGGAGAAAAUUAGCAGGAGUCUCAUCAAGAUGCUGAUUUGAUGCUUAAUGUGGCUAAAUGAGAAGGAGGUCGGGGUCACAAAUAAACACACACCCAAGUAGCACGCACUGAUAACGUAGAGAAUGAUAGCAGUCUAACGUAUACCUGUAAUAGACCCUGUUUUAUAGCAUGCAGAGUAGACGAUCUAAGACAUGACCCUUUAGGUUUUUUAAGCUACAUGACCCUGGAUUUACUGUACCUCAGUGGCCAAUAGCUAAUGCACAAUCUAGCUGGUGUCUCUAGCAUCUCAAAAGCAAGACUAUUUAUUUAUGAAAUCGCUCCCUUCUCUGCGCAUCUUUGGCCAUAGUUUACACACUGCAUCUACCGUUUGUGUCCGACUUUGAUGAUACCACUAAUGGGAUAUGCUCAUCUGUGACUUUUAUACAAGGUUUAAGCAUCAGCACCCAAGCCAUAUUUUUGCUGAACGCACCUCGAGCGAUCAGCACAAAGAACCCUUUACCGUAGGAUGUGAAGAUAAGGAUUAAAAACGGCUAUGAAGACGUUAGCAGGGCUGACCACAAUGAACUCAGUUGCAGCUGAGUCACUGAACAGUGGGAUGCUGCUCUUGAAGCGAAGGACAAACCAGAGAAAACCUAAUCUACCUGUGGCUGUUUGAUGUUUUCUAUUUCCCCCCUUUCUCUUUACUCACUGGCAUUCAUAUGUGUGUUUAGACUGAAUUCUGUGGGGGCUGGCCACACAGAGAACGUUCUGGAAACGUUGUUCGGAUAUCUCGUCAAGUGUGCCGACGUCACUGACACAUCCUCACUUGUUUGUCACCGUCUACUGAGCACUCUUGUCUUUACCACUGAGAAUAAAUAUGUUUUUGUUUGACA